AGCCAUAUUUUCUAUUGAGUAUCAUUUACCUUCAACAUUUUAGGUGUAAACGCGCGGCCGUGCAGUCUCUUGGGUCGUCAUUCACGCCACGACAUUCGUCGAACAACGUAUAAUAUACUAUAUCAAGGCUUGAAGCCCGACAACUUGGAACGGAAUCAGGUAAUCGUCACCGGCAGAAUGCUAUCAUCGUUCGUGGCCCUAGCUUUGUCCAUGAUCUACUUGAACCACAGCUGUAACGCAAAGAAUCUUCCGUCGAUAUCACCUGAAAUGAAUGGUUUGGUUGCUAAUUCAUGGAGGCCGCUCCAGAAUAGUGAAUACGAAAAAGAUGACCUUUUAUGCCUCUCAACCGGUUGUGUGAAAGCUGCGGCUUCCAUUAUCAACAACAUGGAUCAAUCAGUAGAUCCAUGUGAUGAUUUUUAUCAGUUUGCGUGUGGUAAUUUUAUAAAAAACACAAUUCUCAAUGACGACGAACUAUCACGAGACUUAUCAUCAGUGAUUAAUGACGCGCUUUAUAAUCAGAAGCGAAUGAUCCUCACCGAACCCAUUCAACCAGAUGAACUGAGACCGUUCAAGAUGAUGAAAUUACAGUUUAAAUCGUGCAUGGACCAAGGAAAAAUUGAAAAGAUAGGCUUGGGACCAAUGAAGGAAAUUUUGAAAAGCCUCGGCGGAUGGCCAUUACUGGAAGCUGAGAAUUGGAACGAAUCGAAGUUCGAGUGGAUGGACAGCAUGUACAGUUUUAAAGAAAUGGGCCAGAAGAUGGAUUACUUAUUAAUAUUAACGACCACAAAACUUUUAAAAAACUCUACGAAAACAGCUAUUUUUCUGCAACAACCGUCCUUCGGACUUCAACGCCAGUACCUGGUCCAGGGCACAGACUUCCUAGUUGUGAAAUUGUACUACCAGUACAUGGUGGACAUCGCAGUGCUGUUUGGAGCUGACCGGAAGAGGGCCACCGAGGAGCUGAGGGAGUCAUUAGACUUUGAGAUAGAAUUGGCCAAGAUAUCGAUCCCACAGGAAGAAGAAACUAACUACAUGUUGUACAAACCGAUGAAUAUCGCCGAUCUACAACAAAAGUUUCCGAGCAUACCAUGGCAAGAGUUUCUUAACAAACUGUUGAACCAAUUCAUACGUCAGGAUGACAUUAUAGUGGUGUCUUCGCCGAAAUACUUUUCGGGCUUGGAAGCACUACUCAAAAAAACGCCCAAAAGGGUCCAAGCAAAUUACAUGAUGCAAAGAUCUGUUGAUGAUGCCGUAAAAUACCUGACUAGAGAACUGAGACAGAUAAAGUAUACGUAUAGGAAACUUGUUUUCGAUAAUAAAGAAGUCUCUCGAUGGAUGGAAUGCGUGGAUAUCAGUUUUGAUUUAUUUAAAAUUGCCUUAGGAUCGAUGUAUGUUCGACGGGUUUCCAAUGAAAACACUAAAAAUAAUACUUUAGAAAUAGCGAACGAUAUAAAAAAGGAAUUGUACAAAAUGCUAUUAUCAAAUGAGUGGAUGGACGAUGAAACAAGGGAAAAAGCGAUGGACAAAGCAAAAGCAAUGACACAUAUCAUUGCAUACCCUGAUGAGCUGUUGGAUGAUAGCAAGUUGAAUGCGUAUUAUGAAAAUUUGGACGUCAACGACCAAGACUUUUAUACAUCAAUAUUGAAUUUGACUAAAUUUAACACUGACAAUGAGUUUUUGAAAUUAAGGAAACCUGUUAAUAAACCAGAUUGGGUUACUUAUGGUGAAUUGGUAACAAUAGUAAAUGCGUUUUAUAAUCUUCAGGAUAACAAUUUCAUGUUUACUGCUGCUUUCUUGCAAGGGGUGCCCAUCUCCAACGAUCUUCCUCGAUACAUAACUUACAGUACCGUUGGUUCUAUAAUUGGUCACGAGAUCACUCAUGGUUUUGAUAACAAAGGCAGAAUGUUUGAUAAGCAUGGCAACUUUGCAAAUUGGUGGGUGGAGGAGACAAAUAAACGCUUUUUGGAAAAGGAAAAGUGUUUCAUCAAACAGUAUGGAAAUUACACCAUUAAUGAAGACGGCCUCAAGUUUAACAGCAAUCUAACGCUGCCCGACGAUAUAGCAGACAUGGGAGGCUUAAAUCUGGCGUAUAAAGCGUACAGAGAGUGGGUCAAAGUACAUGGCGUCGAAACGCGACUGCCCGGGCUCCAAGAGUACACGCCUCAGCAGAUAUUUUGGUUGAGCCAUGCCAAUUUCUGGUGCUCCAAGGAUAGUAAGAGAUAUAUAGAAAUUACUAGCAAAUCCGGGGAGCAUUCACCCUCCCGUUUCCGGAUAAUCGGCUCGUUUUCCAAUAUAAAAGACUUCAGCGACGACUUCAUGUGUCCUCUAGGCUCCAACAUGAACCCGGCCAAUAAGUGCCAGUUGUGGUGAGACCACUAUCUGGUCAGGAAUAUAAUAUUAUUAUUAUUAUUAUUAUUAUUUUUUUAAUUACAUUGUAUGAGUGUACAACUAGUAACAACUAACAAAGCAUGAUCAUAAUAUAACUUGCACCUAAAUUAUUUUAUAUAUAUAUGAUUUUUAUUAUCCGACAAAACAAUUUAAAAUUAAGACAUUUUAUGUUUUUUUUUUUUUUAUAUUUACGUCUAUCAAAUUAUACUAAGUAUACUAAGUAAAUGGGUGGAGGAAAAUUUUUUUUUAACUUUGAUUUUGUUACCUAUGCAUUUUAUUAUAAUAAAUAUUUUAAACACUUUUCA